AUGGAAGAUCCCUUACCUCGCCAUUACACCCCAUUGGCGAUUGGGGAAUACAAUGGGAGCACCGAUCCAGAUGAUCACUUGGCCAAGUUCGACAACGCGGCCACUCUCCACCAGUACACCGAUGGAGUGAAGUGCAGGGUAUUCUUGACAACACUUUCAGGACCGGCUCAACGGUGGUUCACCAGGUUACCGACCGGCUCCAUACGUAGCUUCAUGGAUUUCCGGGCCGCUUUCCUGCACCACUUCGCAAGUAGCCGUCGGCAUCAGAAAACAAGCGUCAACUUGUUUUCACUAAAGCAAGGUCCUCGAGAAGCGCUCAGGGCGUACAUCCAGCGAUUUAACCAGAUGGCGAUGGACAUACCAGCAGUUUCAUCAGAAGUACUGGUAAACGCUUUCACUCAAGGGCUCGUGGAAGGGGAGUUUUUCUGA